AGCCAGAAUCACCUUGGGUUCGGGCGCCGAGAUGGCGUCCUCCGCCUCCGCUCACACUCCGGCAGGGAAGCGAGUGGUGAAUCAGGACGAACUGCGGCGGUUGAUGAAGGAGAAGCAGCGUCUGAGCACCAAUCGGAAACGGAUAGAAUCUCCAUUUGCGAAGUACAACCGUUUGGGGCAGCUGAGCUGUGCCCUGUGUAACACCCCGGUGAAGAGCGAGCUCCUGUGGCAGACUCACGUCCUGGGAAAGCAGCACCGUGAGAAAGUGGCCGAGCUGAAGGGCGCGAAGGAAGCCACCCAGAGUCCGUCUUCCAGCGCAGUGCCUCAGUCAGCCAAGAGAAAGGCGCCGGAUGCGGAUGGCCAGGAUGCCAAAAGACCCAAGACCUCUCCGCUGCCUCAGGUACAGCCCUCCACAUCCGCUUUGCCCACCAACUUUGACAGAGCAGGGAAGGAGUCCGCCAGAGCGACUCUCAGUAAGGCUUCGGGACUCGGUUUACUCCCUGAUUAUGAAGAUGAGGAAGAGGAGGAGGAGGAGGAAGAGGGAGGAGAAGGGAAAAGAGGGGACACUAGCAAGCAGCCGCCCGACGCACAGGGCAAGGAACACUCGCUUUCCUCCUCGAGAGAGGCAACAAGUGGUAUGCUGCCAAGCGGUUUCUCAGAUACAAAUCCUCCCAAGGCCCCUUUAAUUCCUCAUUCAGGGUCAAUUGAGAAAGCAGAAAUACAUGAAAAAGUCGUGGAAAGGAGAGAAAACACAGCGGAGGCAUUACCGGAAGGCUUUUUUGACGACCCUGAGAUAGAUGCUCGGGUACGAAAGGUUGAUGCCCCAAAGGAUCAGAUGGACAAAGAGUGGGACGAAUUUCAAAAGGCCAUGAGACAGGUCAAUACCAUUUCCGAAGCCAUAGUUGCCGAAGAGGAUGAGGAGGGACGGUUGGACAGGCAAAUUGGGGAAAUCGAUGAGCAGAUAGAAUGUUACCGUCGGGUGGAAAAGCUUCGGAAUCGUCAGGAUGAAAUAAAACAUAAGCCUAAAGAGGUUCUGACUAUAAAAGAACUUCAGAAAAAGGAAGAGGAGAAUGUUGACAGCGAUGAUGAGGGAGAACUACAAGAUUUGUUGUCUCAGGAUUGGAGGGUAAAAGGGGCUUUGUUAUAGGGUUUCAAAGACCCGAGAUUUUCAUACCCUCUACAAUGGUACCAAAAGUGCUGUCUCUGGAUAGGAUACUGGUUACUUCAUGCCCUGAUCUUUGAUAACCUAACUGGGUUGUUGAGAUACUAUGAGCCUGUGAAGAUAGCACUUUUGAAAAUUGGUGUAAAAUGUUUUUGAGGUAAAGUUGUUUUUGAAAUUUUUGAACUAUUACAUACAAAAAUGUCAACUUUUUCACACAUUUACUUAAGUGUAUAAUUUUGAAUUGUCAAGUCUGUAAGCUGUAAAUAUUAUAUAUAGUUAAAUAUAUAUUUACUUAAGUAAUUCUGUUUUGAAAUUUAUA